GCAUGGGAAAUAGUAUCAAGAAGGAAGAACCUUUUAUGGGUUCUGAUAAAGAGACCAUCUUGGUUGCUGAUUGUAAAAUAAAGAAGGAAGAACCUGAUGUAGGCUUAAAGAAUGGGGAAGCUAUGGAUUUUGAUCAAGACGAAGGCCCCAAGGAAAGGAAGGAAACAUCAGAGGAAAGCUGCGAUAAUUUCUCCAUGAUAACGACCGCCCAUUAUUCUCCUCAUCUCAAUGCUCGACCAAUCAGGGCUAUUCCACCGAAGUCUCUAACAAUGCCUGUCUCCAAUAAGAAAUUUCAAGUGGUAUUAAGUCCCGACCCAUCCGAAAUGGCAGAAUUUCUUGAAGAACCCGACUGGUUUCUUGUUGGGAAGUCUUAUGUGAUGGGAUUAGCGACAGCCCGUGGGCGGGGAAAGCUGGACUCCAGUGAGAUUGUUUACUUCAACUUCCCGAAGAUCGCUGACGGUAAGUUGUAUGGGAGAAGGGGGGUUAGUUCGAAGGCAGCAGCUGCAAACUCUGAGAUUGUCCGCUUCUCAACAAAGCGGUCUGGUGAGCUCGGACGACUUCCUCCUGAGUGGUCGCAAUGCCUCAUUCCCCUCGUGCAUUCUUCCAAAGUGAAAGUGCGUGGUCGAUGCGCUGUAGCACCU